AUGUGCUCCCAGAGUAUACUCCAUAUUUUUUAUUUUUCUGAGGUAACAUCAUCAAAAACAAUUCCAUCUAUAAUUUCAUGUCAAGAAUUAAAAAGUCUUCUUCAAGCACCGCCAUGUGAAAUAUCGGUGCUAGAAACAGACUUCGGUAAACAGCCUGAAACUGAUUUUCAAGCUGGUCAUAUACCUAAAGCUCAAUACUUUGAUCAACUUGAAUGUACUACACCUACAGACUUUAUACCUCGUGGCUUACCAGACCUGCAAUGUUUUGAAGAAUACUUGACACGUUUAGGAGUUUCGAAUACAGCUCAUAUUGUUCUCUAUGAUCGUUCACCAACUGGGUUUUUAGCUUCUAGCCGUGCUUGGCUUGUACUCCAAACACAUGGUGUCAAGAGUUUAUCAAUUCUCAAUGGAGGUUUUCAUAAAUGGACAAAAGAGAUCAAUGAAAUUGAGUCAUCAAACAGUAGUGAUCCGAAAAGCGAGGGUGCGUUUACUGAAUGGCAACAACGUGCCUCUACAGACAUGAUCAUUAAAGGUGAUGGAAAAACUACUAUUGAUUAA